GUCGGUCAGGCUGGUGAGACAGCUGUUAGGAUGGCUCUUGAAGAAGCCAAUUCUGUUGCCUCUGCAGGUGAUGAGACCACAACCACUGGUCUGGCUACUCAAGGUCUCCUCACGGAUUACCGUUUGCGUGGAUCAGAGACACCUGGCGGUUUCGCCACUCCUUUCAGUCUAGAGGCUCAGAAUAUCCUUGCUCUGCAAUUGGUCCAAACUCCAUUAAAGGGUGGCGAAAAUACUCAGCUUGUUGGUGACAUCGACUUUUCCGGUACAACGCCGGCGAGCCAAUCUGUAAGAGGUGAUUCCACUCUUCGACGAGGAGGGCUGCCAGCCACACCUAACACUCUACUGCCUACGCAGGCGACUGGCGGUGCUAUGACUCCUUUUCAGACUCCGAAAGAUCCCUUAAAUACGGCAGCUACACCCGGUUCCCACUCUUCGACUCCUUCUGGAGGCGUCUUCACCACUGGGACGCCCACUCCAUUACGCCGUGACGUGCUCAAUAUUAACGCCACUGAUAAUGCCUUAUCCACUGACUUAGAUGUUGAUGCUGAUGAUGAUUACCUUGAUAGCUCUGAAAUCUCCAGUGAACUUUCCCGGCGCCUAAAUGGUCCCAGAAGUAAUCACCAACACGUAGCUGGUGGCCGUGGUGGUGGUAUUGUCGUCAACCACCAAUUGCGGAAUCAUUUGGCAAACCUUCCGACACCAAAAAAUAACUUCGAAAUAUUCAUGCCAGAUGAUGAGGAGUCGACGGCUGAGGGUGACCAAGUAGGGCAGGGUGAAGAGGAAGAAAAUGCAGAGGUUCUGUUGGCUACUGGAACUUCAAGAUGCGUUGCUGAUCAGGCCGAGCUCGACAUGUUGUCUAGCGAACGCGUCAGAGCUAAAGAUCUCGAGGCAUGGACUUGCAGGAGCCAGACCUUGCAGCGCAAUCUCCCUAGGCCAACUAGAAUCAACCACACCGUUAUGCGGCCAAUUCCUCAGGCUUCUGAUGACAAAUUUGAACUAACAGAUCUUCAAAGGGUUAGAUAG